UUCAAAAAGUAAUCCAACGUUGCAAAGACAUGAAGCCCACACAUGCUUUCUUUCUCGUCUUCCUUCUCAUCUCUAUCGUGAACCUCAACUAUGCAAGAAAAGUACCUGAGGAUUAUUGGAAGGUUGUGAUGAAAGAUCAGCCUAUACCAGAAGCGAUAAAAAAUCUGUUUGUUGAAGAAGAUGAAGAAGCUGCUGCUUCUGCUAAUAAAAAGAACCAUUUUGUCAGUGAUUUUGAUACAAGGGCUGUUGCUGUGAUAUAUCGCAGCCAUGGCGACAUUAAUAAGAAGAUGAAUAUGCUUCGUUGAAUGAUGAUGAGAUUAAAGGAGAGAAAUCCUUUGUUUUGUUUAUAAGCACACAAUGCUUAGAGAAUAUUCAAAUUGGAAUAGUCAUCGGAAAAUCUUAUGAAAUAAGUGUGUUUGUAUUAAUGUUGAUAUAUAGAAAAAUAAUUAUUUAGAUCCGAUUUAUUAUGAAUGCGAAAAAUCAAGCGGCUGAUGAGUUUGUUGUUUGGAUUGAGGAUGAAAAGGUUAAAGGC